AUGACGUGGAGAUAUUCUAUCCUUGAGAAACUACACAAGAUCGGGCUCAGAGGACACUUACCCCUGUUUAUUUCUUCUUUUCUGAACAACAGGCAGUUCAGAGUUAAACUUGGGCAUACGUUUUCAGCUGUGAAGUGUCUUGAGAAUGGAGUUGUACAGGGAUCACCCUCAAGUUGCCCCCUUUUCGAUGUCGCCAUAAAUGAUAUAGCUGAGAAUGUGGACAGUUCCGUUAUGAAGCUUCUAUAUGUGGACGAUCUAGCAAUUGCGUGUUCCGGAUACAAAAUGGAGGGCAUAGCUGAAAAACUCCAGGCAGCUAUUGAUAUUAUUGUCGACAACGGACAAAGAAUAGGAUUUAGGUUCUCAGAGGAAAAAACAACUUGUGUUCAUUUUUGUAGGAAAACCGGAGAUCAUCCUGAUCCAGCUCUUUUCAUGAAUGGUAAUCCCAUUCCAUCUAAAGAUACAGUAAAAUUCCUGGGAUUAACAUUUGACAGGAAAUUAAAUUGGAAAUCACACAUUGAGCAAUUGAAGAAUAGAUGCCGCAGAUCUCUCGACAUUAUAAAAGAACUGUCACACACCAAAUGGGGUGCUGAACCUAAGAAACUCCUGAUACUAUACAGAGCUUUAGUGAUGAGUCGCUUGGACUACGGAAGUAUAGUUUAUUCCUCCGCAAGAAAAACUGUUCUCUCUAAACUGGACAGCGUUCAUAAUAUGGGCAUAAGAUUGUGUAUUGGUGCGUUCAAAACAAGCCCCAGUCAAAGUCUAUACUGUGAAUCAGGGAUUAUGCCAUUACAUCUACGGAGGAAACAGUUGCUCUGCUCUUAUAUGAUUCGCCUGAAAGGCUACAAAACACAUAUCAACAAUAAUUAUCUCUUCGAAAAAACAGCUAAGUUUCAGACAAGACCGACUAUUACCAGACCCGCUGGCAUAAGAUUUGGAGAGUACCUAGAAAAUAUUAACCUUAAUAUCCCUGAAAUAUUUUAUUACAGUUUUAACGAAAUACCACCAUGGAAAAUUCCUGAAAUGAGAACACACACUCAAUUGCUUGCUCUGGAAAAGGAGAAUACGCCACACGAAGUUUACCAGAAAGAGUUCCUCAAUAUUUUGGACAAAAUUUCCCCUAAUUGUGUAAUAUACACAGACGGCUCCAAAACCAAAAAUGGGGUGGGAACUGCCAUAACAAUAGGAGAGGACUCACACUCUUGGUCUCUCCCUCAAGAGUCUUCUGUUUACUUUGCUGAGCAGUAUGCCAUUUGGCAAGCUUUACUUUUCUGUUUAUGGUAUAAAAAAGAAAAACCUGUCAUAGUGACAGACUCUUUGAGUGUUUUAACAUCCCUGAGAGAUAUUUACACAAGCGACCCUAUCACCCAGAAGAUACAAUCCGUGUCUGCAGAACUGCGAAUGAAAAAUUGUGAAGUAGAAUUAAUCUGGGUACCAAGCCAUGUCGGAAUAAAAGGUAACGAGGUAGUUGAUCGAGCAGCCAAAACCGCUGCUGCCUUAAAUGAGAAAGAUGUGAAGACUAUAAAGAUCACUGACUUGAUUAACUCAGUAAAGCAGUGCAUUUCUUCCGAAUGGCAGAGAGCAUGGAGCAGUUGCAACGCAAAGCUAAAGCCUUUCAAGAAAGAUGUUCGGACUCCUUAUAUAUCUGUUACAUUGCCUAGACUUGAUAUGAUAAGAAUACAUCGCUUGCGUAUAGGUCAUACAGCCCUUACUCACCUGUACAUUUUUAAAAAGGAAGAAAGACCAAAGUGUGAAUUAUGCAACAUAGACCUCAGCACCUUCCAUAUUUUAUAUGAGUGUCCUAAAUACACGAGUGAACGUUCACAGCACAACAUAACAGAUGAGCCUAAUUUACAUGAAGAAGAAAGUAUUCGGAACACUAUUGAAUUUCUGAAGACCAUUCGUAUAUACCACAAACUAUGA